AUGAAGUCAAAUUUUUAUAACGAACUACAUAAAAACCGCACAAAUUUGGCUAAUAAUACUAGUUUUUUAUUUGAUGAAAAAUAUAAUGAGUUGAUAGAAAUUAUUUCAGAACUUAAAGCUGGACGUAAGAAAAAACAGCCCAAAGACUUCCGUUUAAUCAAAAGGUAAGAAAUUCAUAUUAGAAAAAACUUUUAAAUUAUAUUAUUAUUAGUCCCAAUCUAAAUUAUAUGCUAUAUAUUAUAUAUUCUUGGAUUCCCGUUUUAAUCGUGGUUUACCCAUCAGGGAUUAGGGAUUGCUGGCACCGGGCGCCUUAACAAUUUUACAAUACACAUAAAAUUAUAAAAAAUGUAUUAUUAUUUUUAUAAAAUACAACCAAUUAUUUUUUUAUUUAGAUUUAUUUGAAUUUAUUUAUUUCUGUUGUCGUAGGUAUGAUGUGCUGGUUGUACAAGGAAAUAUGAAACUUAUAUUUUCAGUAAAAGAUGACAAUGUUGUGCUGUAUUAUGUGCCAACCAGUGAGCUGUUUGAUAUAUUGCAAACCACACAUAUAUCAGGACAUGGUGGGCAUGAUCGAAUGAUCAAAGAACUUCGUAAUAAAUAUAAAAAUAUACCACGUAAUGAUAUAGAGACAUUUUUGCAUUUUUGUGAACCAUGUCAACAAAAACAAAAAGGCUCGAAAAAAGGAGUGGUAGUUAAACCAAUAAUAUCUUCAGACUUUAAUUCCCGAUGCCAAGUUGAUUUGAUAGAUUUCCAGUCUCAUCCUGAUGGGAAAUUUAAAUUCAUUAUGGUGUACCAGGAUCACCUCACUAAAUUUUUUGUUUUCAAACCCCUCGAAUUUAAUCGGGCUGAAGAGGUAGUCUAUAAUAUUAUAGAUAUUUUCACGUUGCUUGGAGCGCCUACUAUUUUGCAAUCUGAUAAUGGACGAGAAUUUUCAAACCAAAUAGUGUCUAACUUAAGAAACAUGUGGCCUGAAUUAAAAAUAGUACAUGGCAAACCGAGGCACAGUCAAUCUCAAGGCACUAUAGAACGUGCAAAUCAGGAUAUUGAAAAUAUGUUGACAACGUGGAUGCAAGAUGAAAAAAACCGACACUGGAGCCAAGGACUUCGAUUCAUCCAGCUUAUGAAAAACCGAGCUUAUCAUUCUGGUAUUAAAAUGUCUCCAUAUGAAGCUUUAUUUGACUGCAAAAUUAAAAUUGGUCUAAACACUUCAAAUUUACCACACGAUGUAAUAAGUACGAUCGAAAAUGAAGAACAGUUAGCUGAAUUAAUCACAGAAUAGUCACAAAAUAUCGAAAAUGAAGCUUCAUACACAGAUCAACUAUUUGUUACAACUAUCCGAGCAACUAUCAAAUUAAAUAACGAAAACGCCAAUGUCAUGCGAACUAGAGCCAAGGAAAAUCUUGAAAAUCAAGCGAAAAACAUAAUGGCGUGUUCGGAUAAGAAGCUAUUACCGGUGGCAGUACAUUCAACUGUACAUGUUCCAGUUCCUGAGAUAGAUAAAGGACGUUUAGAUGCACAAAGUAUACUGGCAAUUGUUUUAGAGGUAAUAAAUAAGUUUAAAAAUUAUGUGUUUAAUAUUAAUAAAUAUAAGAUAUUUUAUUUUUUUUAGGUGACAAGUGAUGGUUUUUAUUGA